AUGAUUCGCAGCCUUAUUCUUGCGUUCUCUGUCUGUGCCUGCACUCAAGCCCUUCUUUUUGGACUCGUCGGAACUGAACAAUCGACUGCUGUCACCGGAAAACUUACAUGUCUUGGAAAACCAGCCGCAAAUGUGAGAGUCAAGCUUUACGACAAGGAAGCCACAUUGGACGUUCUUUUGGCCGAAGGAACCACUAAUGAGGAAGGAGAAUUUCUUCUUUCCGGACACAAAGUGGAAGUCAGUACCAUUGAUCCAAAACUCAACAUUUACCACAAGUGCAAUUACAAUGGAAUCUGCUACAGAAAAUCGUCUUUGACCAUUCCUGAUAAUUACGUUACCGAGGGAGUUACACCAAACAAAACUUUCAAUAUUGGUGUUAUCAAUCUCGCCAACAAGUUCAGCGGAGAUUCCACCGACUGCCUCAACUAA